AUGUUGAGGAAUAUUAUUCUCAUGUUGACUGCACUUGGUGUAGUCGUUACCGUUAGCGCCCGAAUUGCCACCAAAGACGACGACUAUACGAACUUACCCGAGCCCAUCAUGACACGUCUAGCACCCCUAGUCAAUAGUGAUCUCGCUCCCGACAACCGGGUAAAAGAUUCCUACGUUAUCUACCUCAGACCUGGACAUUCACUAGAUGACCACGCGAAAGCCAUCAAACACGAUCUCAAACAACAUAUCGAUCAUGUAUACUCUUUCAUAGAGGAUAAAGUGGUUUAUGUCGGUAUAGCGAUUGACAAGGAUUUAUUGGCAGCGAUCAGAGGAGACCCAAAGGUGGAAAAGGUCGAGGUCCAAGGGUCAGCGAGUCCGGCACCAAUGUAG